AUGAUAGAUCACAUUCUUUCGACUGCGUUAUCGAAGAAGAAGACCAAAUCCUCUCCACCGUCAACUCUCAAGCUGGUGAAGAAUAUCCCGGCCGUUCCUAUACUUCGGGCCACCGCUCAACAACAAUCUACCUCGCCGGUGCAGGCUCGUCGUCGUUUACCGGAAGCUGAUCUGCUCGCCGAAGUGGAAGAAGAAGUAGCCGCGGAGGAAGAAGUAGCGGCUGAAGAAGCAAUAGCGGCGGAAGAAGAAGCAGAAGAAAACGCUCCGCCUCCGAUGUACUUAGUCGCGGCGGCGGCAGCGGCGGUCGUGAUCGGUGCAUUCGUGCUCCGUUCUCUCUCUCGUUGA